UUUGUUUUGCUCCCCACUAAUUAUUCUGGAUGCCCUCGGUGACAUCGUUUGCCUCAUUGCUGUUGAAAAGUUCUGUAUAUAAAGGAUGCAUGCUGUGGGUCGUCUGCAGAAGGCAGGGACAGCGGCUGGAGACAUCCUUGCUCUGCAGAGAUCAAUCAGGACCGAAAAUGGGUGUUCUCUGGGUGGUUUUCCUCACUUGUGGCCUGCUCACCUCUUCUCAAGGACUUCCUGGGAGUGCCCCUGUGUCUGCCAGGGUGGAUAAAGAUGUGCUAGAAAGUGCCAUUACAGGGUCACUAGCCAACGGCAACCUUCUCCAGGGGCUACUGGGUGGUCUGCUCGGCCCCGAUGGACUUCUUGGUGGUCUGCUAGGCCCCAACGGACUUCUUGGUGGUCUACUUGGUGGCAAUGGACUUGUUGGUGGUCUGCUCGGUGGCAACGGACCUGUUGGUGGUCUCCUUGGUGGUGACGGACCUGUUGGUGGUCUCCUUGGUGGCAAUGGACUUGUUGGUGGUCUCCUCAGUGGUGAUGGUCUUGUGGGUGGUCUCCUUGGAGGUGGUGGACCUGUUGGUGGUGUCCUGGGCGAUGAUGGUCUUGUGGAUGGUCUUGUUGGUGGUGAUGGACCUGUUGGUGGUCUCCUUGGAGGAGAUGGACCUGCUGGACCUGUUGGUGGUCUCCUUGGAGGAGAUGGACCUGCUGGACCUGUUGGUGGUCUCCUUGGUGGUGAUGGACUUGUGGGCGGUCUCCUUGGCGGUGGUCUCCUUGGAGGAACCAGUAACCAGGGUCAAGGCUCACUUCUUGGAGGAGGUCUCCUCGGGAAGGAUGGUCUGCUGGGCACCGUGCAAGGACUCACAGGGCUGAGAAUUGUGAACAUCACUCUCCCCAAAAUAACUCUGCGCUUCCUGCCAGGCAUUGGUCUCCAGCUGAAUAUCUACACCCAGCUGCUGAUAGAUGGCAAUGGCGCCGUAGGCAGUCUGCUCCAGCUCCAGGUGGAAGCAAACAUCACUGCAAGAGUGCGGCUGGCCCAGGACAAGUCGGGGGCUCUCAGGCUGGUGGUUGAAGACUGCAAGACCCUUCUUGGAGACAUCAAUAUCCGUGUUGGACCCAAAGUGCCACUUGUGGAAAAAACCCUAAAGAGUGUCCUUGGGAACGUGCUGCCCAGGCUGCUGUGCCCCGUCGUUGACACAGUGCUGGGCGUCGUGAACUCAUUGCUGGGCUCUGUCACCUCUGUGCUCCCUCUGGGAGCUCUGGGAAACCUCCAGUACACUCUGUCCUCCCUUCCCAUCAUUGGCGACAAGUCCAUCCAGCUGGAUCUGAACCUCCUCCUCAGGGACGCGGAGGGCAAUGUGGUGGAGCCAGCAGGAGGUCUGUCGGUGCCCGUCACUCUGCCGCCGGCCGCGGGUCCUGGGACACAGCUGGGGCUGUCGCAGGGCGUGCUGAGUGCAGUGCUGGCAUUGGCACAGCGGCAGGGAGCCUUCAGCAUGGACAUCUCCAGCUCGGCGGUGCCCAACAGCAUCCCGCUGACCACCUCAGCCCUGCUCUCAGCCUUCCCCCAGCUCAGCACCGUAUUGCCUGGGUCGGUGCCGCUGGCACUGCGUGUGCGCCUGGCUGACACACCUGUGGUGGCCCUGAGGGACGGGAAGGCCACUGCCACUCUGCGAGCAGCCAUCGAUGUCCUUGCACAACGCCCCGGCUUCCCCCCACAGACCCUCUUCAGCCUGGACUCGGACAUCGUUCUGGACAUCACCCCGUCUGUCUCUGGCGGCUGUCUGCACACCGCUCUGACAGUGGACAGAGUCAAUCUCAGACUGGCAUCCUCGCAGCUCGGCUCCAUCAAUGUCUCCCGGCUGGAAGGAUGGGUGAAGGACAUCCUUGCAGCUGCAUACGUGCCUGCCAUCAACAAUGCUGUGGAUAUGGGGAUCCCGCUGCCCAACAUUUUCAACACCAACUUCGAGAAUGGCCAGGUGGACGUGGCUGAUAACGCUUUUGUGAUCAACCAGAGCAGAGAGCUCUGAAACCAUCUCAUACCAGAGGAGCCUCCACUUCACUCCUGGGAUGAGACAGACGAUUCCCCACAGAGCCCUGGCCAUCUCCAAUUGCUUUGUUUUUAUUUUCUCCUGAGCACCAUCUCAGGUUAUCACCGUGGCCCCAGAGAGAGGGCGGCUUCUGCUCUGUCCAUCCUGCUGCAGCCCAAACUGCGGUAUGGAGAUGCUGCUCAGCUGCUGGAUGUCAGGGGGGACUUUCUGUGGCCAAUUCUAACACCCAAAGUCUGGAAUCGCAGCUGUUGUUUAGGCAUGAGUGUUGCUCUCAAAUUGCUCUUUCAAUAAAAUCCUUCACUGCGUCAAUAUUUCUUCCUGAAUAUUCAUUGGAUGUGAGUCUCCAGCUGCCAGAGCCCAUUAGUCUCUGCAGUGCCCUGCACCACAUGGCCACGGAAAAGCAAAGUGGUUCGAAGAGGGGGCCUUACCCAUGGCAAAGAGUUUGGUAAGCUGGCACCUUGGGGAACACGCUCCUGAAGCUCAAGGCGGUGAGCAGAGGCAGGGAACAGGGCUGAACAUUGAUGGCAGAAUAGGAGCAGAGCAGGUGGGCUGGGAAGGAGCACCACCGCUCGCUUUUGGAGCUGGACAUGAGCUGAGCUCUGCGUUCCCACUGCUUUUGUUUCUGGAUGUAUUUUGCCACCGUUACGUAAGAUGCACUGGGAAGCUUUAGCUGGGGUCUGAGCAAUGUGUUUUAUCUUGGGAAGGUGUUAGCCUUCCAAGGCACCAGGACAAAAGAACUCCUGUGAUCUGCGGGCUGACACCCAAUCCGUGCUUCUCAGCACGAGGGCGCUUUCCUGUGGCUGCAGAAGUGCGUUCAGGGCUGGGGCAGCUGCACGGGUUGGGAGGGUAAUCCUGGGGAGCUGCUUCUCAGGUUGAGCAAUAAUGGAGCUGAAAUG